AUGAAUUCCUAUUUCACGAACCCGUCGCUCCCAUGCCAUUUAACCGGUGGUCAGGAGGUUCUACCCAAUGUGGCCCUCAAUUCGACAACCUAUGACCCGGUACGCCACUUUUCGUCCUACGGUGCCGCGGUGGCCCAGAACCGGAUAUACUCUUCACCGUUCUACUCGACACAAGACAACGUUAUGUUCAGCUCGGGUCGUGGACCGUAUGAAUACGGAUCUAAUGUAUUCUACCAGGACAAGGAUGUGCUUCCCAGCUGUAGACAAAGCAGCCUCGGACAGAGUGCACAGGGAUCGUUGGCGCAGGACUAUACUUCGGAGCAGGGCAGGAGUGCGACCCAGGAACCGAAGGGCAGCAUUCAGAUUUAUCCGUGGAUGCAGCGGAUGAACUCUCACAGUGGAGUUGGCUACGGGUCAGACAGACGGAGAGGUCGCCAGAUCUACUCCCGAUACCAAACACUCGAACUCGAGAAGGAAUUUCAUUUCAAUCGGUACUUGACAAGACGCAGACGUAUAGAAAUCGCCAACGCACUUUGCCUCACCGAACGACAGAUCAAAAUUUGGUUUCAAAACCGCCGGAUGAAAUGGAAAAAAGAGAGCAAUCUCACUUCCACCCUCACCGAGAACGGUUCGGCAGGAGCUAGUCAGGAAGCAGUGAAAGGGGACGCAGAGGAAUCGACUGAAGAAAAGAAAGAGUGA